UUUGUGCAGGUAGAUUGCAAGUACUACGACCUGGGACUUCCCUACCGUGAUCAGACGGACGACCAGGUGACAAUCGAUGCGGCCGAAGCUAUCAAGAAGUACAAUGUGGGCAUCAAGUGCGCCACCAUCACUCCGGAUGAGGCCAGGGUCAAAGAAUUCAACCUGAAAAAGAUGUGGCUAUCGCCGAACGGCACGAUCCGUAACAUCCUUGGAGGGACAGUGUUCAGGGAGCCGAUCCUUUGCAAGACUAUUCCCCGCGUUGUACCCGGAUGGACGCAGGCCAUCAUCAUAGGACGUCACGCAUUCGGAGACCAGUACAAGGCCACCGACUAUAUAGUCAACAAACCUGGCAAGGUACUCUAUACAAUCAUAGAGCAAAAAUAG